AUGGAGGAAGGCAAAAAUGAGCAAACGACGUCGGAUGUCGAAGAGGACAUCAAAACUGGACCAGAGAACGGUGAAGCGGUCGUGUUGAACUCGGAGAAUGAUAAUGAAGCCGUUAAUUACGAUGCCGAACGGCGAGAUGUGGAAGUAAACUCUGGCGUAGAAGACACGAACGUCAUGCCGGAUUCAACAUCAGUACUUUUAAAUUCACAAGGGUCCGAUUCACCGGAAAUUAAGAAAGACAGUGGCGAUGAGGAUGAGAUUGAGCUCCAAGACAUGAACGAUGAUCAUCCCAUUUCACCCUCGACUAUCGGUGACGUCACGAUGUCUGGCAUUGACGAUGACUUUACACAAGCAGCUUUGAAAAAGAUUCGCAAGAACGCCAUAUCAUGUGCCAUGCUGACAGUCCUUGUCAUAGUUAUCGUAGUAUUAGCGAUAGUUGUCAUUGUUUUAUCAGUGCACAAAAAAAGGCCGCCUCAUAUUGUUCUAAUACUAGCAGAGGAUCUAGGGUGGAAUGACGUAGGAUGGCACAACCCAGAUGUCAUGAUGCCCGUCCUCAAUCAACUCGCCGCUGAUGGCGUUAUAUUCAACCAAACAUAUGUCCAGCCUCUAUGUACCCCAUCGAGAGUUUCACUAAUGACGGGUUAUUAUCCAUUUAGAACUGGAAAUCAGCAUCAAAUUCUAUUCAACCUUCACCCUAGUGGGCUUCCAUUGGAGUUUAAAUUAUUACCAGAAAGACUUAAAGAUGUUGGCUAUCUUACUCAUAAUAUUGGCAAGUGGGAUUUGGGAUUCUGUAAGGAGGAAUAUCUACCAACUAGACGUGGCUUUGAUUCACACUAUGGCUCAUGGACAGGCGGAACUACACAUUAUGGUAAAAUUGCAACAGAUACUUGCGGAAAAACUGCAGUCGGGUAUGAUUUCCGUGACAACACCGGUGUGGUACAAGAAAGUGAUACUUAUCUCACGUUCAUGCUUGCUGAGAGAGCAGUGGAAAUAAUAAAGGGUCAUUCCACAAAAUGUCCACUAUUUCUUCAGUUUUCUCUGGAUAUACCUGGAAAGAUUCCGGAGGUUCCACCUGAGUAUGAAGCGAAAUAUUCGUAUAUCGCAGAUGAAAGAACGCGGAAAUUUUACGGGAAGAUGUCUGUAAUGGAUGAUGCUAUUAGCAGUGUGGUCGAAGCGUUGAAGACUAGUGCAUUAUGGGAAGAUACGCUAUUUAUAUUCAUCAGCGACAAUGGAGCGUUAGCAUGUUCAUCCGGCUCUAAUUGGCCAUUCCGAGGCACGAUUGCAACUUUGUUUGAGGGCGCUACUCGUGUACCAGCUUUUGCCCAUGGAAAUAUGUUGAAGCGGACUGGAUAUGUAAAUAAUCAGUUAUGGCACAUGGUUGAUUUGCAUCAAACGAUACUUUCGUUGGCUGGGGCUGAAUCUGCAUCUGGAAUUGAUGGGAUGAAUAUGUGGGAGACAUUCUCGGAAGAUAAACAAUCGCCAAGAAAGGAGAUCGUAUACAAUAUCGAUGAUGACGAGUUGUCCCCUGGUGCUGCCAUCAGAGUCGGGGAUUAUAAGCUGAUAACCGGAAAUCCAGAUUUAUUGUAUCCAUGUCGACUGGCUAAUGAAUCAGAUGGUUGGUAUAACUUUGGUGACAUUCCUAUACACGUGUUUCGAGGUGACACCACUGGAAUGGACUUUCCACCUCCAUCGAACGUGACAUACUUGUUCAAUAUCAAAGAUGAUCCAGAGGAACGAAACAACACUGCCGAACUCUAUCCAGAGAUAGUACAAGAAUUACAUCAUCGAUUGGACGAACACCGUAAACAUCUAGUUCCGGCGGUAAACCAAACACCUGACGUAUCCGGAGACCCCAAAAACUUCGGUGGUGUUUGGUCAGCUGGGUGGUGUUGA